AUGACAGCAGAAGGUGUACUCUCUCGAGAAACAACGUCCAAUACAAUACAGCAUCCCAUCAAUACCGAACAAUAUCUUAAUGUACAAUCAGCGAUAGCCCCAACAAAAAGUUUUCAUACAACGAGUGGAAUUAUCCGUCAAACUCUCGUGGACACGUCAAAUGACGACAUUUACUCUAUCAAAAAUUUGAAAGGCUCGAAGAACCCUGUUAGUCCUAGUGUUUCCAACGUCGGCUUCCAAUCAAUAUUCCAAACUGUAGAUCAUCCUCGAUCCAAAUUAAGUGUGGCCUCGAAUCAUUCUUUUAAAAGCAAUGAUGGAGCUUCAGCUGUAACAUGUAGAUCUAAAUCUUCUCAAAUUGGAGAAGCACAAAGUGUUAACACUAUCGAAUGCUCCAACAAUCUCUCUAAAAAGCUCUCCUCUGAUGCAAUAUCUAUUACUCAGAAAAGUUUACACUCUACGCCAUCCGGCAGGUAUAUCAAAGAAAAGGCGUCUGGAUUCUUUAAUAGAAGGAGCCGGGCACACACCACCAUUUCAUCUGAUCCUGCUUCUUUUUUGACAGAUGCGAGUACCUUGCACAGUAGUUCACAUUCAUUUCGCAACGUAAUUAAGAACUUUUUUCAAAGCAAAAGUCACAGGCACAUAGGCCAAGACACUAUAGAACCUGCAAUUCCAAAUUCUUUGAGUAAAUUUUUACAUUCCUCUUAUGGAAGGCACAAAUCCCCGUCACAAUUCAUACAUAUCAAUGCAGGUCAGCUUGUGGACUCAGGAACUUCAGUUUAUUCGCUAAAUGUCAACCCAUCUGGUGUCAAUUCCAACACAAUUGUAGAAGAUCCGCUUUCUGGAAUAGAUCCUGCUUCACCAAAUCCCGUUUCAAUGUUACACGAUCUUUUGAGAAAUUUGCCAUCUUUGGAAGCCAACUAUAAACAUUUCAACUCUCAAGAAUUGACGACACUCACAAAUAAUAUUUGGAACAUAUUUUGUAGUAACGUAGCAGAGUUAUUCAGGACACAAAGAAUAUGGAAACUCAGGGCAAAAAUAGAGAACUUUAACGAAGUUUUAGAAUUUUACUGCAUUUUGAAAACAGAUCCAAGAGUUACCAAUAGUGGUAUGAGUAGAAUUAUCAGUGAUUUGAAAGAAUUCUUGGUGAGUUCCCUGUACAGUUUAGAAAAUCAGAUUGUUUUUAACUAUUCCAAUGAAGACACAAUAAAUAAUGCUUUGAAAAGAUUGGGUGUUAUAUGGCGAAUAUUUUAUCAAGAAGUAUAUUAUGAUUUAGCAGCUGUUUUAUUGCCGCUGGAUCAGAAUACUAGAGAAAAUGGUGAUUCUACAGUAAUGAAACCAGAUAAUGAAAGCCGGACGAAUACAGCAGGAAGUUACUCCAUCGGAUUUCUUUUGCUCAUGUGUUUUAGGGAUUCGAUAGUUUUGCCUUGUUAUGAAAACUUUGUAAAUAGUAACGAUGGUAUAAGUAAAAGUUUCCAACUUUACAUUUUCAACCAAGAAGAAGAGAGCAAUGUUACCGAAACGGAUAAACUGACGCUACUACAGUGCUUCGGCAUAUUAAGUACUAUUCAAAGCGGUGAUAGGAAUCAACGGAUUAUUGAUGAAUUAUUGACGGGCAUUAGAAUGAGUAUAUAG